CAACCAUCAGUCCCAGUAGUGAAUGGAGAUGGGUAAACAAUAACGGCUCCGUGUUUUUAUACAUUAUGUACAUUUCUCCACAGCGGGGACUCUUUCACUAGUUUCAACCUCAGACGCAGUUCGCUUUUGGUUUAUUGAAAAGAAACUGACUUUUCCAUCAAUUACUACACAACACCGGCUUUUUGUUCCCGUCCGUCAUGGCGAUUGCCCACGUAGCCACGGAGUACGUUUUUUCCGAUUUUUUGUUGAAGGACCCCACGGAGGCGAAGUACAAAGGGCUGCGUCUGGAGCUGGCGGUGGACAAAAUAGUCACAUUUCUAGCGGUGGGGCUGCCUUUGUUUCUCAUCUCGCUCGCUUUCGCUCAAGAGGUGUCAGUAGGUACCCAGAUCAGCUGCUUUGCUCCCACUAACUUCUCCUGGAGACAGGCCGCAUACGUGGACUCAUUUUGCUGGGCUGCAGUGCAGCAACAAGCUGACAGUUCCCCACUAUGGCUGCACAAGUUCUUUCCAUAUAUCCUGCUCUUACUGGCCAUCCUCAUGUACAUCCCGGCCCUGUUCUGGCGUUUCACUGCAGCUCCGCACCUAUCCUCUGACCUCAACUUCAUCAUGGAGGAGCUAGACCGCUUUUAUAAUCGUGCCAUCAGACUGGCAAAAAAUCUGGCAUCCAUAGAUUGCAAGGAUGCACCCGAGGACACUCAGAGUGCUUUGGACCUGACUGAGGGCUGCUUCAAAUACCCUUUAGUGGAGCAGUAUCUGAAGACCAAGCGCUUCUCUCACUCCCUUGUGGUCAAGUACCUGGCUUGCCGGGGCCUGACCCUGCUGAUCCUCCUGCUGGCCUGCCUCUACCUUGGCUACUACAUCCAACUGGCCUCCUUCACCGAUGAGUUUCCCUGUGACCUGCGGACAGGAGUGCUGAAGAACGACAGCAUGGUGCCGUCCGCGGUCCAGUGCAAGCUCGUAGCAGUGGGUGUCUUCAGGCUGCUCAGUUACAUCAACCUGGGGGUGUAUGUGCUUCUAGCCCCGCUGGUGGUGUAUUCUGCUCUUGGACCAGCGCGUCAGAGCUCCAACUUCCUCCGGCCUUAUGAGAUGCUGCCAGGAUUUGGUGCUUUGGGUGUGGUAACGCCCUUCUACAACGACCUCAGUAUCUAUCUGCUGUUCCUGCAGGAGAACCUGAGUGAACUCAAAUCUUUUAAGUGUCUGCAGGUGCUUGAGUUAUUGCAAGAGGCUGGUGAUGAGGGGUUUGACACCAUGUGCCUGCUACGAACUCUGGGUCAGGUGAAGACUGAUGUUUUAGACAGUAAGAAGACGUGCCAACGCAAGGACAACAAAAAAACGAAUAUGGCUGAAGAAUGAUUCCUAUAAGAUCUCUCUGCCUUGUUAAUAAAUAACUGACCUGAUGAAGUGAAACCCUGCUGUGAUGGAGAAGAAGAAGUGGGAGCAAACCCUGUGCACUUACUUUUAACCUAAUUGCUGCCCAUGUAUUGACCUACAGCAGUGUAAAAAGAGAAAAACAGAGGUGGCCUAUACUCAUUCACACAUUGUGUAGUUUGGCCAACAGAUAUUUCACUUUUUAGGUGAAAUUGAGUCUUAUUUUUAAUAUAUGUGAUAACCCUGAAAUUAAAUUCCUAUGUCUCAUUUUUCUGUUGUACAUGUUACCUUUCUCAGGUUUCUGAAAUGCCUUGCAAUCAUUAUUUAUAAUAGAAGCCAUGUUCCUUGGACUGAAAUCUGUACAUUAAUUUGCCAGGUUGUGUUAAAAUGAGAAAGGUUUCUGAACACUGGGCUUAGAUGUAUUUAUAGUCUAGGUGUAGGAAUAAGGUGUAGAGAUUGGUGAAUGCUUUUCCAUCCAAAGUAAUCCUAAAAUAAACAUGAAUUGUUAGGUAUUAUUAGUACUGCUGGAGCACCUUUGUCUGGACUGUAAAGCAUGUGGUUAUUUGUAUGUAAAUGUGAUUUUAACAACAGUAGACUACUGUAUGUACAUGUUGAAAGUCAAACAAGACUCUGGGUUGUCCAAACUGAUGGCAGCUCAGCAUUUUACAUAAAAGAUGAAUGAAUAUUCUUUCAGGGAAUAAAAUGUAGUUAUCGGUUACUGUCAGAGGUAUGGUCCUCC